CGCGCUGCAUAUCCACAGAGCAUCUUCUCCCACUCCACUAGCGCGUUUCACGCAGUCGGCAGAGUCUCCCUCUAGAGAGCGAGUCCGCGCGCCGAGGCCAGAGCAAGCAAGAGAGAAUGGCGAGCAAGGCGGUGACCAUCGGCGAUCUGAUCCAGCGGGUCACCUCCUCCUGCCUCUCCAACCGCUUCCCCGGCAACUACGCCCUCAACGACUCCGGCGCCGACACCGACCUCGACGAGGAGGACGACGACCCCUUCGCGGAUUUCGGGGACGCCGCCGACGAAUGCCGGCCUUCGCCCGGCGAGGUAACGGCGGCGGCCGCGGCGGGUGGGGAGCAGGAGGAGGAAGAGCGGAAGCUGAAGAUCUGGGAGGAGGAGGAGAAGCGGAAGGUGGCGGAGACGGCGGCGGAGACGAAGGGGGGCGAGCGGGCGCGGGAGGCGGACGCGCUGAUGGCGGAGGUGUUCGACGCGGUGUCCGGCGUGCGGCGCGCGUACGCGGCGCUCCAGGGCGCGCACUGCCCCUGGGACCCGGACCGGAUGCGCGCGGCCGACGCGGGCGUCGUCGCCGAGCUCCGCCACCUCGCGCGCCUCCGCGACCGCUUCCGCCGCUCAGCGGCCUCCCCCGACGGCCGCAUCCCGCAAGCCAACCCUUCCCCGCCGCCGCUCCGCGAGGCGUUAGCCCCGUACGAGGCCGCGCUCGAGGACCUCCAGCGCCAGCUCCAGAGCAAGCAGGCCGAGGUCGACGGCCUUAAAGAGAAGCUCGCCUCGAACACCAGCAGCAGCCGCCGCCGCCUCCACCCCUCCAAGAAGCAGCAGCACCCCAAUGGUGCAGAAGCCGUUGUCGGCGCGCCGACGGCGGAGCUGUUCGCGGCGUGCGCGGAGCAGGCGCGGGCGGCGACGCGGGCGUUCGCGGCGCACCUGCUGAACCUUAUCCGCGCGGCGGGGCUGGACCCGGCGGCGGCCACCCGGUCGCUCACCAAGAUCCCGGUGGCGUCUUCUUCCCCGAAGGUGGCCAAGCACGCGAUGGAGGCGCACGUGACACGGGUGCUGCUGGGCGGGUUCGAGCACGAGUCCUUCUACCUGGACGGCUCCCUCUCUUCCCUCCUCGACCCGGCCGCGUCGCGCCGGGACCGGCACGCGCAGUUCCGCGACAUGCGCGGCAUGGACCCCGCCGAGCUCCUGGGCGUGCUCCCGGACUGCGCCUUCGGCCGCUACGCCGCCGCCAAGUUCGCGUCGCUCCUGCCGCCGCGCGUCGAGGAGGCCGUCCUCGGCGCCGGCCACAGGGGCGGCGGCGGGGGCAAGCACCCGAGGACGCCGUUCUACGGGGAGUUCCUGCGGGCCGCCAAGGCCGUGUGGCUGCUGCACCUGCUGGCGUUCGCGCUCGAGCCGCCGCCCAGCCACUUCGAGGCCGGCCGCGGCGCCGAGUUCCACCCGGAGUACAUGGAGAGCGUGGCCGGCCCGCCGCCGCCCCGCGCCGGGGCCGGCAUGGUCGUCGGGUUCGCCGUCGCGCCCGGGUUCAAGCUCUGCAACGCCGCCGUCGUGCGCGCCCGGGUCUACCUCGUGCCCCGCGGCACCACGGGCCACCACCCUCCUCCCUGCUAGUGCUACCUCGUUGCUCAUUGGUGUGGAGGAACAAGGACUGCACCUGAGUAGUACCAUCUCCUGGCUGCCUUCAUUAUUAGUAGGUCUCUACUCCGUGCUAUUAUUAGUUGCUUUUCCUCUCUGAAGAGAUCUCAUGUAGUAGUACAACAAAGAGGCUUUGAAAUGUAUGAUCGAUCAUGUGUUGAAGUACUCACUAACAGUGAUGUUUGAUCACGUAGUAGUCAUGACUAUAGUACAGUACUCUAAACGCAGGAGUGACUGUAGAAUCCGACCUUCGGUUGGUAUAUCCGUAUACUGUGACAUCAAAGGAGCAGAGGUCGUCAUUAUACGCAUUUAAUGUACUGUGUGCGGUCUGUUAUUACAGUA